AUGGCUCAAGAUACGUGUGCGAUUUGUUUGGAACCAUUGAUUCAGCAUGGAAGUAGUGAUGAAAACAUGGAGGCCAUAGGGGCUGCCAUGUGUGGGCACUGUUUCCAUUGCGAUUGCUUCUGGAGGUGGGAACAAGCCAAGAGUUCACAGAACUGGAGGUCAAUGAGGUACAACGCUGCUUGUCCCUGCCCCGUUUGCAACCAACCCGUUAUGGAGUUCAUUCGCUUGUACAUCACCGGAGACAAGAGCGAGAAUGAAAGAUUGAAGAAAGAACUGAAGAACGCCAAGAAGAAACUGGCAAAGGAACGUGUCCGUCUCCAGCGGGCGCAAGAUGAAUUGAAAGCUGCCACAGGUGCCAGAGAAAGGACCUCAUCCACCAUCGAUAGAUCCAUUUCGGCACCUCGGUCUCGACGAACGUUUGUACCGUCCAACCCCUUCGCAUGCGGUGGGGAGGAAAACGACGAUAUCCAAGCGCUCUGCGACACCGUGAGGUUGCUGCUUGCCAUGCCGUCUUCACCAACUCCUAACAGAACCAUUACGAAUGCUGCAGCCCCUCGUUCGUAUCGAGCCUACGAGUCAUGUCCUACUGUUGACUAUGGUACCACAGUUGUCUCUGCAUCGAGCACAGACCCUGUUGUUCCUUCCACGGAUCGCAUUUCGCUUCCUCCUCCGCCAACGAGUCAAGUCCGUUCUUCGCGUACAUUGAGAUCUGCUCCCGCAGGCAGUGGGCGAGACGCUACAUCCCGAGGAGAUGCUCCUUCUGCUGGCAGUGUUUCAGCCACAAGAAGUCGUGCCCCACCUCCAAGGCCGGACCCAACCGAGGCGGAUCGCAGGUUGAGGAAUGCACGUCCGUCCUCGCCUCCUCUGUCGGAGCUGUUGUGGUUCCCCGAGUUUGAACCUCCCAGUUGCCGUUCUUCAAUCGACGCGGACGGCAGGUCAUCUGCGAGGGGAUCGUUGAUUACGGGAGGUAGUUCCUCGAGAAGCGACCCUCCGCCAUUGCAAAACUAA